UACGAAUUUUUGUAUCGUAUAGAAAGUGAAGCAAAAUGUUGGGAUAUAUUUAUUUGAUUAGUAUAUGCCUGUUACCUGAUUAUUCAUUCUCAUCAGUAACAGUAACUGAGGAUAAUUUUGAAGAUGAUUACGUGGAAGCACAUAAUCUAGUCACAAAUGAUACAUGUCCGUCCCUGAUAGCAAAAUGUUUUUGUGAUGAAUUAUGUAUGAGUAAAUCUGACUGUUGUUCAGACUAUCCACUUUUGAAUAAAAGUUUAUUAAUGGCUGAUGAACAGUAUAAUAUUUUAGAAACAUCAUGUAUCAAAAAAGUACACGGAAUAAAUGAAUUAAAUACUACUACACAUGAAGAUGGAAUUGUGCUGCUUGAACAAAUUCAUGCUGUUGCAGAAUGUCCCCUGAAUACACCAAAAGAUCUCGCUCGUCGAUGUAAUCGUUCAAAAGAUAUCGAAUUAUUCUUUCAUGAUAUAACUGCAAGUGGAAGUGACUGGAUUUCAUUAUCGAAAGACCAUUUUUCAGUUGUUAUAUUAGAUGCUAUUCCAUUUCAUAUAAGAACAUCUGAUAUACGAGCUAUUGCGCCUGUAGUAUCACAGAAAACUGGUCGAGUAUAUGCAAACAUUGAUUGUGCUCAAUGUCAUGGUGAGCUUAAAAUGGUACCAGGUGAAGAUUUCAAUGAGCAUAUAAGAAAAAAUUUACAAUUUUUUACAGUGAAAUUUUUCUGUCAUUUAUCUGAAUCAGGAAACAGAAUUUGUAUCGCUGAAUCAACAUUACCUCCAAGUUUAUCACGGCCUUGUGGAAUACUUGCUCAGUCUUAUAGGAAACACCAGAGCUUCUUACGUGACCAUAUAAAAUGGCAUGAGUUCCUUGCUUUACCAGAAAAGUAUCUAGGUUUUGAAAUAUCUACUGAGAAGAACGAAGAACAAAAUAAAGUAUUAAACGUAAUUGAAUCUAUCCUAGAUAUUUUACAAAUAAUUGUCUGUAUCUUCUCUGCACUUUGUCUUUGUGUACUAUUGAUAGUCUACGGUAAAACGAAAUCUUUACAUCAACGUUUAUCAAAUCAAUUAAUUAUGGGUCUAGCUUCAUCAAUUCUCAGUUUAUUAUUAAUAUACCUCACUCUACCUCUUAUAGUUGAACAAAUACAUAUAUCAAGUCGUUAUGUUUGUGUAACAAUAGCAAUUUUAAUACAUUACUUCUUUCUGUGUAGUUUCACAUGGAUGUCAACAUUUGGUAUCAGUCUAAUGAAUACAUUCGGUGGAAUUCAUACAUGUCAGUUAUGCUUUUCAUACAUUAAAUUAAAAUUAACAAGACCUCGAAGAGGGAUGAAUUCAGUAAAUUCAACCUUUGUGUCUAGUGCAAUGCAGAGCAUGGUGAUACAAUCAGCUAAACGCAGUGAUCCUUCUUCUGCAAAAACCAUCACUCUAUUCUCACUGUUGGCAAUAAUUCUUCCGUUAUGUUUUACAAUACCCGCUAUUAUUAUCAACGAAAUCGUCUAUCCAAAUGAUUGUUUAAACGAACAAUAUGUUGCUGGUCUUCUGGAUAGUGAAGUAGACGAAACAAUAUGCACUAAAAGUCAACAGAUACUAAGUCUUUUAACACCAGGAUUUUGUCCACCAGAAAAUUGUAAAAGAACAUGGUUUACUGUGCAUCAUGCAUUUAUCAUUUGGUUUUUGGCGCCAACUACACUUCUGCUGGCAUUCAAUUGUAUCACACUGAUUAUCGUUGGACUACAUAUUUGGUUUCUUAGUAAAAAUGAUUUAAAUAUACAAUCGAAUGACAGAGGGGGUGAAAGUGAACAAUCUGAUAUCCAGAAACAAAAUCGAAAAAUGCUAAAAAUUUGUUUGAAUCUAUCUAUUAUUUUAGGUGUAGUAUGGAUAUUUCAAAUAUUGACCAGUCUUUUACCCGGUGUUCCAAUAAUUGGACGCAUAGCAAGUUUAGUUACUAGUGGUCAAGGUGCUGCUCUUACAUUUGUAUCUAUUGGAAAACAAAAAUCGAAACCAAUUACAACAACAUGUUCAUGGACUAGUAUGUUUACAGUUGGUAAUACUUCUAGUAGUUGGAGCAGUAGUCAACGUAAUUUGAAUUGGAUAAGACAAAGAAAAUUUAAAAAAAGUUCAUCCGAAAAGCCUGAUAUAAAUGUACAAUCUACUAAUUGUGAAGAUUGUUAAUCUGCACGGAACUACUCUGUCAGUGUCACCACCAACGAACAGAGUAUGUGAAUAUCUGAGAACUAUAUUUAACCUUAUUCACAUAACUAUUUGGUAAACAUGAUCCUAUCUGAAGUCAUUUCAUUUGAUGAAAUUUAAUUACACUAACAGCUUAAUAUAUUCAGAAGCUAUUGAGUGUGUUUCACUCUCCUUAUAUAUAAAAGAAUAUUCUUCAUUUAAACAGUGGAAAAUGCAUUUGAAUCCAUUUUGCUUUCAUUAUGCUUCAUAUCAACA